UCACUUUCAAUUACAUGCACGCCCAGAUCUGGCGAGGAGUCUGAGGUGUGGUUGUAUUUCAUCUUUCAGUUGGGGGCCACUUUCUCUUCAUUCCAGAUUUCCCAGCGUGUUGUCAAUCUAGUGCUUGCAGGUGUCACUUAACUGUAAUUUUCUAUUGCACCCUCAUCAUGGAUGCACUCAAAAGAAAAGUCAAGGAAACAAUUGAGGACACUGAGCGGGCAGAGAAUAGGCAUAAGUAUUUGAUACGUCACCUAAGGCAAGCAAAAGAAAGGGCUGACCUGGCAGACGAGGAAGUAGAGGCACUCAAACAAAGGAUCAAGGAAAGAAAAGAGGAUUUGAACAACAGCUACAAAAUUAUCCAGGAUAAACAAGAACAUCACCAAGCUAAAGAGCAGAUGGCAGAAGAGAGUGAAGAAAUCAGGAAGAAUCUCGAAUCUAAAGAAUUUGAAGUUGGUGAUCAACUUGUCGUGUUGGAAGCUAGGGUCAGAGAUAAAAAGAGAAUAGCUGAUGAGGCAGAGCAGCGCCUAGCUGAAGCAAAGGUCAGAUACAAUACAAUCAAGUCUGACCUGAGUGAGCAUUUGGCAAGAUUGAAUACAGCAGAGUCCAAGAUCUGCAAGUUGAGUGAAGAUUCUGAUUCUGACACAGUUAGGAUCAUCAAUUUAGAAAUCAAGCACAGGCGAUAUGAUAAGCGUGAAGAGUAUUUUGAAGACAAGAUCGAGACCAUGGAGCAGCAGAUCAGGAAUUUGGAAACAGAGGCCAUUGGCAAUGAGGCAGAAGCCAAACUUCUGGUAACCCAACGGGACAAACUGAAAACGCAAGUAAAUUCAUGGAAAAAGCGAGUAGCAAAUCUAACAAGGGAACUGGAAGAUGUUAAAACAGAUCUAAACAAGUGAUGGACAACCACAGAUGAAUUGUAAUACAUGUGACACUCAACUUGCUUACAGAAGUUGGAUAUUCACCUGACAGCUGAGAACACAUCUGUAAUAUAUUGGGAGAGUAGUAAGGUAGUAAGUGUAGCACCAGUGAGAGAGAUGAGAAUGCAUUUCAUUUUUAAGGGAAUUAAUAGGGGGUGUUUCAUUCUUAAUUUAAUGACUGAUACAGACAAUGUUGCAAUGUAUAGUUUCUCCACUGGCUUCAGUUAAGAGAAAUAACCAAUUAUUGUUAUAUUACUUACUGCAUCUGCAUUUGAUUUGGGAGGCUAUUUGUACUAAGUUGUACCUGUACUUUGCAUGUAUAAUCAUGUCAGAGAAUCUAUUUAGUCUUCCUCAUAAUUAUAUAAAUUGUCAGAAGUUAUCACAUCAGUUAACACUUUCUUCUGCCUUAUUAAUUAUCGGAUUUUAUUUGUUUGAUUGCUUGUCUCUCACAAAAUAAACUGCAGUGAUAUUCUUGUCACAUUUUGAUCUUACCAAUUCGUAUAUUGAAGCUAACACUAAAUUUAUUUGUUUGAUUGUUUGUCUCUCACACAAUAAACUGCAGCAGUGAUAUUCUCAUAUUUUUACACUGUAGAUCUCACCAAUUCGUAUAUUGAAGCUAACACUAAACUUAUUUGUUUGAUUGCUUGUCUCUCACAAAUAAACUGCAGUGAUAUUCUCGUCACAUUAGAUCUCGCCAAGUCAUAUGUUGAAGCUAAUGCUAAAUUAAGUGUAGUGUGCCUUUGGGUAUCCCAAAGCCUUAUGAAAGCUAGUUUUUAUUUUCUACUUAAAUUUUGCAAGAUUUUGAAGUCUUGAAUUUGUGAGUUUUAACCAAUAAAGGUCCUAACCCAUUUA